CAGCGCUAUCAAAUGGCGUCACUAGUAGCUUCGAUGUUGUACGACAUUACCGGGAGGUACUUCCUGCUUGAGACUUCCAGGCCCGAUGAGUAAUUGAAUUACGGGAGGACCAUUUCCCCGAAUUGUAUUUCACAAUUAAAAGAAGUUUCCGAAGCGGCAGCCCGAAUCGGCUGUAUCCGAUAAGCUGCACCUGAUAGCGGCACCUGAUAGUGGGCUGCAUUCCUGUAUUAAAGCCGUCGUAUAAUAUAAUACAAUAAUACAACACAACACAAUAUUGACACUUAUUCACCAUAACCCAACCGGCCAACUUACUACCUCACAUUCAGCGAUCAUGACGUCGACAGCUGCAGUCAUCGGCAGCACAGGCCUCGUAGGCUCUCACAUACUCUCGACCCUCCUCGGUCUCGAUACCUUCAAGUCGAUUUAUACCAUCUCUCGCAGGCAUCCGAAAGCAGAGUCGCCCAAACUAGUCGCCGCCGUCGAGUCCGACACUACGAAGUGGGCAUCUAACCUCUCGUCCAUUUCACCCCCGCCCCCCGUCGUUUUCUCCGCCUUGGGAACAACCAGAGCUCAAGCUGGUGGCAUCGCGAACCAGUGGAAGAUUGAUCAUGACCUCAAUAUUGAGCUCGCCAAAGCCGCGCACUCCGCCGGAGUAAAAACCUUCGUCUUCGUAUCCUCGGCCGGCACGCGCGGGUUCCUCAGCGGCGCGGCGCCCUACUCCAAGAUGAAGGUGGGCGUCGAGGACUCGAUCAAGGCGCUCGCCUUCGACCAGGCCAUCAUCCUGCAGCCGGGCCUGAUCCUCGGGAAGCGCGACGUCGAGCACACCGGCGGGCCGCUCCUCAACGCCGUCGUGCGUGGCCUGGGCAAGAUCGCCCAGGGCGCGCAGGACUUCUUGGGCCAGGAAGCGGACGUCAUCGGGCGGGCGGCCGUUCGCGCUUCCCAGCUCGCGGCCGAGGGCAAGGCCCCGAGCAAGUACUGGGUUCUGGGGGCAUCGGAUAUCGUCAGGCUCGGCCGGGACGAGUGGAAGGCUUAAGUACCUAAGAGAGGAGAAAGCGUGGAACGGGUUAGGUAUACCUUUUGUUUUAAGGCAUGGAGUCUGGCGCUUGGGCUAUAUCUCAUAUCCGGAUGGUGGGGGAGGUACCUAGGUUUGAGAGAAUAGGAAGACUGUUAAGGAAUAUCACCUAUAGUGAAUAGGAUAUGUUAACAGUGAUAUAUUAGCGGCUCUGUGUACUAGCUAUUAUUGAAGUCGACUUCUUCUCGAUCAACUAAAACAAUACCCUUGGCCUAUCUCA